AAUUAUCGCAGAUUGACACGGGAUAAUAUAGAGUAAAAUCGUGUAAUAAAUAGGUAUUCACUGCAUAUUUUUUUUUAGUUUGUUUGCGACCAAUACCUGGUCGUUUAGUUUUGAGAAAUCAUCAAAUCGUUUUGUUUGGAAAACAUUCUAAUCGUUCUAGAGUUAGCAAAAUGGUCUUAAAGAGUACAGUGGUUCAAACUACCCCCUUCGAAGGGCAAAAACCUGGCACAAGUGGUCUGAGGAAAAAAGUGAAGGUUUUCAUGGAAAAAAAUUAUACGGAAAAUUUUAUACAAUCCAUUUUUAAUGCCCUAGGUGAUAAAACUAGGGGUGCCACUUUGAUAGUUGGCGGAGAUGGUAGAUAUUUCUCAACUCAGGCUGUUAAAAUAAUCAUAAGAAUCGCAGCAGCGAACGAGGUGAAAAAACUAAUAAUCGGACAACUAGGAAAUAUUUCAACUCCAGCAGUUUCUGCCUUGAUACGUUCCAAUAAAACACAAGGUGGUAUCAUUCUGACUGCCUCCCACAACCCCGGUGGUAUAAGAAAUGAUUUUGGCAUCAAGUUCAACAUCGAGAGCGGAGCACCAGCACCAGACUCAUUCACAGAUCUCAUUUAUGAACAUUCUAAAACUAUCAAGGAAUACAAGAUUGUUCCCGAUUUAGACUGCGACGUUUCAGUUCUAGGUUUACAGAAAUUCGAAGUCGGUGGAAGGAGUUUCGAAGUUGAAGUGAUCGAUCCCACACUAAACUAUGUGAAACUCAUGAAAGAGAUAUUCGAUUUCGCCAAAUUGAAACAACUGAUCCGUGGGACUGACCACAGGAAACCCUUCAAUAUCUUGAUAGACUCGAUGAAUGCAGUUACUGGAGUGUAUGUUCGGAAAAUAUUCGUGGAAUGUUUGGAAGCCAGUCCGGAUACCAAUGUACGGAGGAUAAUACCUCUGGAUAACUUCGGGGAGAUCCAUCCCGAUCCCAACCUCACUUACGCUAAAGAAUUAGUCGAUAAACUCAAGGAGAACCCCUCGUAUGAUUUCGGAGCAGCUUUCGAUGGAGACGGUGAUAGAAACAUGAUUUUGGGAAAGAACGCUUUCUUCGUUACCCCCAGUGACAGUUUAGCAGUCAUCGCUGAUAAUUUAGAAUGCAUUCCUUAUUUCCAGAAGAACGGAGUGAGGGGAUUUGCUAGGAGUAUGCCCACUGCGGCUGCUGUAGACCGGGUGGCCAAGGCUUUGAACAAAGAAAUUUUCGAAGUGCCAACUGGAUGGAAGUAUUUCUGCAACCUUAUGGAUGCCGGAAGGUUGUCGCUUUGUGGAGAAGAAAGUUUCGGGACCGGUUCCGAUCAUAUCAGGGAGAAAGAUGGUAUUUGGGCAGUUUUAGCCUGGCUUUCCAUCAUCCAUCACAAGAAUCAAUCGGUUGAGGAAAUAAUGAAGGCACACUGGGCCAAAUAUGGAAGAAACUACUUUACAAGGUACGACUACGAGGAGUGCGAAGGUGAUAAGGCCAAAGCGAUGAUGGAUGACUUGGAGAAAAGGGUGGAUUCCGGAGAAUUGGUUGGGAAGAGUUUCGAUGGGGCCGAGAAGACUUACAAAGUGAAAUUGACUGAUAAUUUCUCAUACACCGAUCCUAUCGACAACAGCAAAGCUGUUAAACAGGGUUUAAGGAUAAUCUUCGAGGAUGGCUCCAGGCUCAUUUAUAGGUUAUCCGGUACAGGUAGCAGUGGAGCGACAAUCAGAUUGUACGUCGAAAGUUUCGAGGAGAAAAAUAUAGAAAAGGAUGCACAGGAACAACUUAAACCUUUGGUACUUAUCGCACUCAGCAUUUCUAAACUUAAAGAAUAUACAGGCCGUGACGCACCAACCGUAAUAACAUGAAGAAUUGAACCAAAAACUUCCAAAAUCUUUAAAAUAAUCGUGCAAUGUUCCAUUUUAUACUCUUAAUCGAUGUUUCAUCAUACUCAUACAUACGAUAUUGCUUAUCGUCCAAAUUUAUAUUUUCUGUGAAAGUUUUUUCCUGCGGUCCAUAUAUUUUAUAAUUAGUUUAUGAAAUAAAUCAUUUGUUGAG